AUGUCUCUGAGUGCAAGAACGACGAAAAACCCAAUGAUUCGCCACAAAUCAACGGACAAAUCGGGCGGUGGGAAAAGCGGGGGAAUGAUUGAAGCGAUAAAGCUGAAACUUCACUCCGACCGUGACCACCAUUCAAAUGCCGCCCCUCAUUCUCCACUACUCAACUCGAAACUAGAAGGGUAUACAGAAGAAGAGCUAGCCGAGUAUCGACAAGUCUUCAAUAUGUUUGAUACAGAUCGUUCCGGAGCGAUCGGAUUGGACGAGCUCGAGGCAGCGAUGCGAAAUCUUGGAUUAGAGCAAACGAGAGAGGAAUUGGAUAGAAUUAUUGAUGAGGUUGAUCAACGCGGAAAUCACGAGAUCGACUUUGAUGAGUUCUGCGAUGUGAUGCGAAGACUUUAUAAUAGAAAAAACAACUGGAAUAGUGUGGUGAAGGAGUGCUUUGCGGUUUUUGAUCGGUCUGAAUCCGGAACAGUAUUAUUGUUGAUGAGAUCUUUAUGGAGGCUGACGUUGAUGGAAAUGGUCUACUCGAUUCCGAUGAAUUCACAUAUAUGUGCAAAAAUUAUA